AUGGUUUUUCGACAAAUUGAAUAUCUUAUUGCAGAAGAAAGUGUAUCACAGAAUGAUGAUAUCAACUCAACUUCAAGUUCAUCUUUAUUUGGUUUGAUAUAUUUUUUCCUUUAUUCAACAUUCAUCAUUGGAGUACAAAAGUUCUUUUUGAGUUUGUUAAGUUUGCCGAGUUUUCAGUUUGUUUUUCUUCUCUGCAAACUUUGUUCCGGUGACUCGGAUGUAAAGGGAGAGAAGCAGAUAUCAAAAGGCGAAUCAAGUGUUGGCAGAGAAAGUGGGGAGAUUAAGAGAGAUGAAGUCAAAAUGGUGAUGGCGAAAAUGGGAAUAAAUUGCAGUGAAGAAAGUGAGGAACUUGAAGAAAAAUAUGGUUCUAAGGAACUUUCUGAAUUGUUUGAAGAGAAUGAGCCAAGUUUUGAGGAAGUGAAGAUGGCUUUUGAUGUUUUUGAUGAGAACAAAGAUGGAUUCAUUGAUGCAAUGGAGUUAAAAAGAGUUAUGUGCAUUUUGGGAUUUAAGGAAGGUUCAGAAGUUGAGAAUUGUCAGAAGAUGAUCAAGAAUUUUGAUGAGAAUCAUGAUGGAAGAAUUGAUUUCAUUGAAUUUGUAAAGAUUAUGGAAAACAGAUUAUGUUGA